AUGUACCGGGAGUCGGGAGACACAGACAGCGCGCCAGGCUCGGGGCGCGGGAACUGGGUGACGGGGACGUCGCUGCCCGGCACCUCGCCUGCCGCGUGCCGCGCCGCGCCCCAGGGCCGGACUCGCUGUCGCCCUCCACUGUGGAUGCAGUGCAUCUGCCACGCACGCAAUGUACCGUAUGUAGCCCUGACUGAUGGAAACUUUAUUUACACGACGCAACGCAAAGCGACGCGACACGGCCUGCGAGGGACGCGCAAGGUGCGGCCACACUGCCGCGUUUUAUAUUCUCUUGCCGUCCUCAACAAUACUAAGUGUGGGAGAGCCAUGCCGCAGCACCAAUGGGUCGGCUCGACCGGAAUGAUACCACGGCCUCACAGAACACGGGCGUGA